AUGGGGGUUCAGGACCUCCUCGGGGUUCCCGCCGGCGUCCUCCUCAUGCCUCGGGGUGAACCCGGCGAGCAGCGCCGCCGCAGAGAGGAUGCCAGGCGGCGGCGGGCGCUUCCAUGCCGGCGCCCGGGGAUGCUCCGGCGGGGCCUCCCGCCCCCGAAGGCGGCCAAGCCCCGCGGAGUUGGAAAGGGGGUCCCCUUCGCCUCCUCGGGCGCCGUCGGGAAAAGCAGGGUCUCCUCGGAAGUCAGCGGCCACCGGGGAGGGCGGUCUCCCGCCGGGAAGCCGGGGAGCCCGGGAGCCGGAGAGGCGGCGGCAGGUCUCGGGCCCCCGCGCCUACGGACGCGGCCCCGGCUCCGGGGAGAGCUCGACGCUGCCCACCGGCCGGCCGGCGCGAAGGGCAUCCGCGCCCCGAGCCCCAGCGCCUCCCGGCCGCCGCCGCGUAGCCGCUGUCGCCGCCGCGCGGCUCGGUCAGGAGCGGAACUUCCUCCUCGGGCGGCCACUGAGGAGCCCGGGCGUGAGCGCUGGGAGGGAGGGAGCGCGGGCCGCCCGCCGGCUCCUCCUCCUCCUUUUCCUCCUCCUCUUCCUCCCGCUGCCGGCGGAGCUAACCCGGCCGCUGCCGCCCCCGCCGCGCCCGGAUGCGCACACCGAGGAGUCCCCGCGGCCCCGCGGCGGGAGGAGGAGGAGAAGCCGAGCCGCGGCCCCUCAAUCCGAGCGCGCGGGGCCGGCGCCUGCUCAUUCCUCGCUCGGCUCCGAGGAGGCGGCGGCGCCCCGGGCAGGCGGGCGGGCGGGGAGGUCGGCCGGGCCGCCGGGAGGGCCUCCUCCUUGGCCGCUCGCUCGCUCGCUCCGAGGCGGCGGCGGGAGGGGCGGGGCGUCGGCGCGGUGCGGGGCUGCGCGCGGGCCCGGGCCCCGCCGCCUCUGCCGGACGGAGCGCGCCGAGCCGCGGGGCCCACACUCGUUGGGCACACGCGGGAGCGGGGCCGGGCGGGGGGCGGGGGGCGGGGGACGGCGGGCGCGCACCGGCCUCGCGAGUGGGCGUCCCCGGGCGGCGAGGGCGCGGUGCGCGCGCACGCUCCCGCCCCGCCCGCCGCGCUCCGGCCCCGCGCCGCUGCGGCGUCCGCGCCCCCGGAAGCUCCCGCCGCCGCCGCCGCCGCGUGGACCCGCGGGGGAAGCCGGCCGCCCGCCCCCCGGCGCCUCUCCGAAAUAGAACUGAAACAGCAAGUCUAAAGCCACAGGACCCCAGUGAGCCUAUUCCAAAAGCCAAGAUUUUUGUCUUCCUGCAGGGAGAUAGGAACUAAAGAUGCUCCCAGCAAGGUGGAGGAGAGGAGCCAUGCUUAGUUCUAGAAGUGUGGUGCUUGUGAAAGGAGGCUGGAAAUAAACAGUAGCCAGCCCACUGGCUGGGGAAGCAGAGACAAAGAUAUGGCCUUGGAGUCAGGAACCAAGCCAAGCAACUGGCCAUGGGAUUAGUUUUGCAACAUCCCCAACAUUGCUGUGGGGUAGGAGCAUCAAAAUGCCAACAUUAGACCUGAUUCUAUAAUGGAGGUCCAAGGGAUCAGGUGAGAGCAAAAGUCACUGAACAUUGAGGGGCAAGCAUAGAAGCAAACACAUAAAAGCAUAUAAGAUCUUCACAUUCAGCAUUAGUAUAACCACCAAGUUCCAAACACAUACAAAUAUCUAAUAUUAAGAAAGCCCAACAGAAUGAGCAAUCAGAACAUUAAUUUACUAUUAUGAAAUGAAAUAAACUAUGGAACUGCCUGACAACUUAUUUAAUAUUUUUGCAUUCUCAAAGCAACAAAUGAAAGUAGGUAUCAGAUGUUAGCCAACUUUAGAACAGAAAUAUGAAAAAUAACUAAUAGAAAUCUUAAAAAUAAAAAUAUCACUGAAAUGAAAAAAAAAUUAAUAGAUGGAGUUAACUGGGGAACUUGUCAAAGUUUAAGAGAAAAAGUAGUGAAUUAAAGGGAUGCUCUGAAGAAUUCACCCAGAACACAGUAGAGAAUAAUAAAGAGAUUUUUAAAAUAUGAAUAAAAGUUAAGAUUCAUGGGGAUUCUAUUGAGUGGUGCCAACACAUGCCUCAUAGGAGUUCCAGAAGGAAAAACUGAAAACAAAAGGAAAGAGGAGAGAAGCUAUACUU